GGGCCUGCUCCAGCUUUGGUUUCACCGCAUGGUAUAGGUUUUUUCUCCAGCUUUGGAUUUCCAGCUGCCGCCUGCUGGAGCAUGCGGCUUUGAGCACAUUGUUCUAGUAGCACUGGAACACUGCCAUUUUCCCUCCAGCACUGCCAUGGACGAGGACAGGGCACGCCAUCAUGGCAGACACUCGGAGCUAGGUGGCCCGACCGGCAGCGGAGGAGAUGAUCUCUUCAUCGCCCUUCCCGACGACGUGAUCAUCUUAAUCCUUGUCCGCCUCCGCUGCUCCCGUACCGCUGUGCGCACCGGCGCCCUCUCGCGCCGGUGGCUUGGCCUCUGGAGCCACCUCCCAGACCUCGUCUUCCGUGACGUCGCACCAGGCUCGCUCCUAGCGGCGCUCUCCUCCCUCGGGGCGUGUGGCGUGCCCAUCUCCCUUCUAGACAUCGAUGUCCCUGCAGCAGUACAAGACAAGGUACGUGCCAACCAUGUCGGUACAAGGACAGGUCUCCGGUCAUCAUUAAGAUUAAGAAGACGACCCGCCAGCUAUGUCUCCUCAUUGCUCCGUGCCGCUGGAAAGUUCUCGCCAGCAGCAUUCCGCUUCAAUCACCCGCACCAGCUAGAGAAGCCGUUCCUCGACGUGGACUUGUCCACUUGCUUCCAGGGCACCACUUCGAUUGAGCUGCACGCAAAGUUCCUCUGCUUCCCUGACCCACAGUCCGAGCUCCCCGCGCUCCAGAGACUCUCCCUCUCCGGCUGCUGCAUCAGCCUUGCCUCCUUGGUCCCCCUCUGCCCGCGCCUGCAUAUGCUUAGGGUGGCGGACGCUUUCCUCCAACCCGAUGGCUUCGCCAUCCGCUCGGCGUCGCUGCAGGAGCUCGUCGUGGAGAACAAUGUCGUUAAGUCAACGAUCCAAUGUAUCCACAUCAUUGUUGACGCCCCUGUGCUCAAGCGAUUCACCAUGUCCCUCCGCACCCGCGGUGACCUCAGCAUAUCCGUCUCGGCACCACUAGUGGAUAAGGUCUCGUGGCGGUGCUUGUAUACUGGAUCAACCGCCGGGCUUGGCCUCUGGGGACUCUCCACAGUGAGAUUAGAGACGGAGGAGAGCAAAGGAGCACAGGAGGAAGACGAUGUCCCUCGUGUCCAUGUCUUGUGCCUACACAUGUUUGCCAGAACAUAUCCACGUGGUUAUUCAAACGAUCAGCUCGGCUUUGCGAUGGAGAUAGAGAAACAUAUGAUUACGGAUUUCUCUGGCUUAGAGGUGCAUCUCAUAACAACAGAACAUGUGUUUGGAGCAUUUCUGUUGCGGCUACUUGGGAUGCAUCGGAUUCGCACUGCUACAAGAAGCCUUAAAAUCGUCCUACAAAGAUUUGUGAUGAAAGACAGAUGUACACCCCUGGUGAAUUGUUCUUGUGAUGAGCCAAAGGACUGGAGAGCGCAGACAAUCUCUUUGGCCAAUCUUGAAAAGGUGGAAAUUAAACAAUUCAAUGGGCAGGAUCAUGAGUUUGAUUUCUUGAAAUUGAUAUUUCGAUGUGCGCCAAUGCUUAGAAGAGUCGCCCUGGAGCUGACAAAAGGGUUCACUCCAGAUAAUGAUUGGUGCACAGAAAUACACAGCAUCUUCAUGGGGUAUCCUUCUGUGGAAUGCACCGUUGAUCGUCCAGGGUCGAUGCACCACAGGCCAAGCUGUGUGUCAACAUGAUUCUAAUCAUUAGAUUUGCAGAUUCGUAGUGAUUAUCGACAAGAUCAUCUUCUCGCGAGCGGGCCUAACUCCACCAUCUUACUUGAGAAUUCUGCUUGGUCAUCUGGAUGGAUAAAAUGAGCUGCCCAGGUGUUACUUUGCGAGCGUACAUGGUGGAGCCGCAUGAAAUGUUGUGCUGGUGGUCUUAAUGAAAGAUUGAAUUGUAGCCGUACGUGGCCUAUAAGUUGCCAUUGUUAAUCCUUGAAGAAAAGCAUCGAAGCCUACAUAGUAUUGUUUCA